AUGUCUGCCCUCCCCCCCUACGCCAUCACCAGCGACGCACUGCCCGUCAAGAACGACGGCCCCCUCGACCUCAACCACCAAGCCAUCACCGGCCACUUCCGCAACGCCGCCUUCCCCCACUUCACCACCGUCGAGACCCCCGAGAAGCGCUUCCCACGCACCUACUAUGAGGUCUUCAACUUCGGCCUCGGCCAGUCCUACGACAAGCCCUGUCUCGGCCACCGCCCCACCAACCCGGCCUCCGGGGAGCUCGAGCCCUUCUUCGUCUGGCAGAGCUACAAGGACAUCGACCGCCGCCGGACCGACUUCGGAAGCGGCCUCCUCCGCCUCCAGGCCGAGGGCACCCUGGCCACCCCCGACCGCACCGGAUGGACCGUCGGCAUAUGGACCCACAACCGCCCCGGUCAGUCGCGAUCUCCUGGCACGAUCGAACGCUCGCUAAACCGCACUAUCUUGUUCUUCACUGCAGCUAUCGGGGCUCCGAUCGGCUAUUCCUGCGGCGACAACUUGCGCCUGCUCGAAGACGUCCAGCUGCUCAAGCCCACGAUCUUCCUCAGGUAUGCAUCCCCUACCGAGCUCGUGUCCGCCCAUCCUAACCCAUCCAUUCUUGGCAGUGUGCCGCGAGUAUUGAACCGGAUCUACCAGGCCGUGCUUGCCCAACUGGACGGGCCGGGCUUCAAGGGCAGUCUGGGCCGCAAGGCGCUGCAGGUCAAGCUCCAGAACCUGAAGACCAACGGCACGAACACGCACUUCUUGUGGGACCGGUUGGUGUUCAACAAGGUCAAGCAGGCCCUCGGCGGCAGAGUCCGGAUCAUCGGCACCGGCUCUGCGCCGAUCUCCCCGGACGUGGUCUCGUUCCUGAAGGUCGCGUUCAUCACCCAGGUCUCCGAGGGAUACGGCUCCACCGAAAACUCGGGCACUUGUACCAAGUGCUUCGGCGAAGACAUGGACCCCAACGGGACCGUUGGCCCGCCACAAGCAGGCCAGGAAAUCAAACUCGUCGACGUCCCCGACAUGAAAUACUUCUCGACCGACAAGCCGUUUCCUCGGGGCGAGAUCUGUGUGCGAGGCGAGCCGUGCAUCCCGGCCUAUUACAAAGACGAGGCGAAGACGGCGGAGCUGAUCGACGCCGAGGGCUGGCAACACUCGGGCGACAUCGGCCUCGUCGACGAGAAGGGCCGGUUCAAGAUCAUCGACCGGAUCAAGAACCUGGUCAAGCUCGCCCAGGGCGAGUACGUGGCCCUGGAGAAGGUCGAAGGCGCGUACUCGGUCAACCCGCUGAUCGCGCAGAUCUACCUGCAUGGGGACUCGCUCAAGAGCUAUCUCGUCGCCGUCAUCGUCCCCGACCCGGUCGCCUUCCAAGAGUUCGCGAAUAAGACCGUCGGCAAGCCCGUCGCGCUCGACGACGCCUGCCAGCUCCCCGCCGUCCGGGCCGCCGUGCUCAAGGACAUGGAGAAGACGGCCGGGUCGGCUAAGCUGCUCGGCUUCGAGCGGAUCAAGAACAUCUUCCUGACCAUGGAGCCCUUCUCGAUCGAGAACGAGCUGCUCACGCCGACCUUCAAGCUCAAACGGCCCGUCGCGAAGGCUAAGUUCGCUGACGUCUGUGCCAAGCUUUACCUCGAACACGACGCCAAGGCCGGCGAGAGUAAGAUGAAGCUCUGA